AUGAUUCCAAGUAGUUUUGUUCUUAUGUUGGCUUUUGUUACUAAUGUACAAUCAUUAUCCGUAUCUGAUGGAAUCAAACGAAAAAUUGAAUGGGACACAUUAAAGAUCAGAUGGGGUCCUGAUCCAUCAGUAUCAAACGACGAAGUCUACGUUAGACAACCACGAACAGUACAACAGGCAUUACAAGAACAGUACAAACCAUUGCUAGAUACUCUCGGAGAACAGUGUGUUGGUAAAACAACGAUCGGUUAUCGCUAUUGGAAAGGUAAUGAUACCGGAGCCAUUCUUAUAUUCGACAAACAAGGUACUAUUGCUGGUGUUCAAAUUGCUUUUCCCCGAUCAAGUAUCAAAGGCAAUCAUUAUUCGUUUGGUACUCAAAAAAUGUUCAAUACGGAAAUGAUCAAUGGCAUCGCAAUGUAUACGUUGACUGCUUAUUUUAUUGAACCUCCUUUAAUCUGUACGGUUGGACGAACUCUUUCACAGCUCGAACGUGAAGGAACAGGAACAGGACUCUUUCUUCAGAAUGGAACGAAUCCAAUGAUCGAUUCCAUUGAAUUACCUUUAUGGGAAAAUGAUAUGGGUAAAACAAAAUGGGUUAAAGGUGGCUGUUUCAAAACAAUGGGUGAUUAUUUUUUUUUCUCUCAGUCAUCAUUUUUUUCUGCUCACCAUGAUCAUUUAAAAUUUAAGGGUCAAUUAAGCGGCUUCGGGUGGGCUAUUGUUGCUAAUCUCAAUUUUUCACGACGCACUGAACGAGUAUUGACGCCGGCCAUUUCAACGUUUCUUAUUCCUGUUCCAACAUGUAUACCGAAACUCAAUGAUGAACUUGGUGGUUUUACAACGCAACAUAUCUAUUUCAAUACUAAUCCAGCUAAUCUAGAAUGUUAG